AUGGUGGACGCGACCGAGGCCACGAUGGCCCCUCAGCCGGAGGAGGCUGAGAAGCCCAAGGUGCCUCUGAAGCGCCUCCCCAAGCCCGACAAGGAGGCGCACAAGCUCCAGAUGGACAAGCUGUCGGAGAAGAUCGACGCGGAGAUGAAGAAGGUCGACGAGCUCAAGGAGCUGCUCGACAACAAGCAGAACAACCGCGGCGCCACCUCGUCGGAGGAGCAGAAGAUCCGCGACGCGAUGCGCCAGUGCCGCGCCAAGAAGGAGGACCUGAUCGCGGAGAAGCAGCAGCUGGUGGCGCUCGCGAAGAGCCAGCGGGAGAUGGAGCGCGAGAUGAAGGAGCAGACGCGGGCCCUUCGCGCGGCGACGGGGCACAUCUCGGCGAAGACGAUCGACGAGGAGAUCGCGAAGCUGGAGGCGCGCAUCGCGCACGAGUCGCUGGACCUGAACGAGGAGAAGCGCGUGCUGACGCAGAUCAAGGACCUGCGCGCGCACAAGGUCCGCGUGGCCGAGCACGACGAGAAGAUCUCGCAGGCGGCCAAGGCGCCCGAGGGCGCGAGCGUGGACGAGCGCAUCAAGGAGAUGAACGCGGCGAUCGACGCGCAGACCAAGGAGCUGGCCGACCUGCGCGAGGCGCUGGCCGAGGCGCAGGAGCGCGCGCGGGCGGCGGGCGCGGACUUCCCGAGCCUGCUGAAGAAGAAGAACGAGGCGCUCGAGGUCGCGAAGCUGCUCAAGCAGGAGAAGUACAAGCUGAACCAGAGCUACAAGGCGCGGCAGGACGAGUGGUGGGCCGCCGAGCAGUACUUCAGGGAGAAGGAGCGCAAGGAGCGCCACGAGCGGUACCUCGAGCGGCAGGCCGCGCGCGAGCAGCGCGACAAGGAGCGCCGCGCGCAGGAGAUGGCCUCGCGCGGGCCCCCGCUGGCCGCCGAGAUCGCGGCCUGCGACCAGCUCGCGACCUACAUCCUCAAGUUCGACCCGGCGGCGGGCGGGAAGCCCGCGCAGGAGAACCAGAGCCCCGAGAAGGGCGGCGAGGGCGGCGCGUCCUUUGCCGGGUUUGGCGCGGCGAUCAAGAGCAAGCGCGAGGACGACCUCCUGGGCGGCUUCGGGGGCUCCGGGAAGGGCAAGAAGGGCAAGAAGGGCAAGGGCGGGGAGGACGCCGGGCCGAAGGGGAGCGACAAGCUGCAGCACGGGAUCGACGUGCUCAAGGACUUCCAGAAGGUGGGGGUGUCGGCGCCGCUGACGCGGGGCGAGGUGGCGGCCAAGGUCGCGCAGCUGCAGGAGCGCAAGGCGGCGCUGCUGGAGAAGCAGGCGAAGGAGAUCAAGAAGCAGGAGGCGAAGGAGGCGGCGGAGGCGGCCGCGCAGGCCAAGGCGGAGGCGGAGGGCAGGGCGGGGCGGGUGGCGGCGGUGACGCUCGAGUGCAACGGGGCCGCGGUGACGGUGAGCAUCACGGCUGUGGGCGCGGCCGCGGCGCAGUGA